CCCAUCCAUAAACACUGAUGACGCUAUCGCUAAAGUUUUUCUGAAUUACCAUUUUACUGUAGUGAAAGGUGUUAAAAUCAAAUAUUUGUGACAUUUAGAAGUAUAUCUUCUAAUCGUAAAUCAGUUCGAUUUUAAUUUUGUUGUGUUGUGAGACAGAGUUCAUCAUGAGUAGAAGGAGACCUCAUGAAGAAGAUGAUGGAUACGAGAGAGCAUACAGGAAGCGAAGAAGAGUAUCAGAAAAUCAAGAAAUUGAAGACAGGUUGGAAUCGCUUAUUCUCAGAGUUGGAGAAAAGAGCACUUCUUCAUUGGAGAGCAACUUGGAAGGAUUGGCAAGUGUACUGGAAGCCGACCUUUCAACUUUCAGAGCCAAAGUGCUGAGGAUCUUGACUGAUUGUGCAAUCAAAAUGCCGGAGAAAUGUUCAAUCUACACGACACUUGUGGGGUUGUUAAACGCCAAGAACUACAAUUUUGGAGGCGAGUUUGUGGAGCACAUGGUGCGCACACUGAAAGAUUCACUAAAGGCUUGCAACUGGGACGCGGCCCGCUACGCCCUGAGGUUCCUAGCUGACCUGGUCAACUGCUAUGUCAUUGCUGCCAAUUCUCUGCUCCAACUGUUGGACAACCUGCUGGACGUGGCCAAAGAGGAUGGUGUCCCUAGUGUUCGCAAGGACUGGUACGUGUAUGCAGUGAUGUCCUGCCUACCAUGGGUGGGUCGAGAGCUGUACGAGAAGAAGGAGCAAGCCUUGGAAAUGCUGAUGGCCAACAUAGAGGUGUAUCUCAACAAGAGAGCCAAGAAACAUCAUGCGGCUCUGCGGGUGUGGUCCAGUGAUACUCCUCAUCCGCAGGAAGAGUACCUGGACUGUUUGUGGGCGCAGCUGCGUAAACUGAGGAACGACAACUGGACAGAGAAGCACCUGGUGCGGCCAUACUUGGCGUUUGACGGAGUGUUGUGUGAGGCAUUGCAACACAACAUACCAACCAUUCUGCCUCCUCCACAUCACGACAGCCACUCCUACCCGAUGCCUUGGGUCGUCUUCCGCAUGUUCGACUACACUGACUGUCCCGAGGGACCUGUUCUUCCAGGUGCUCAUUCCAUUGAAAGGUGGCUCAUUGAGGAACAUCUUCAUCAGAUCAUCGAAAUGUCUCACCUGGAGAGAAAAGACUGCGCUGCCCAUCUACUGGCGUUCCCAUACAGGGCCAACAUCCCUCUAGACUAUUGCAUUGUAGAGGCUAUCUUCAGUGAGUUGUUCAACCUACCAACUCCUCGCUACUUGGAGGUCUUCUACGGCUCUCUGUUGAUUGAACUGUGUAAGCUCGAGCCCGGGACUAUGCCUCAGGUCCUAGCCCAAGCAACAGAAAUAUUGUUUUUGAGGAUUGACACCAUGAACACAAGCUGUUUUGAUCGGUUUGUCAACUGGUUCUCGUACCACCUGAGCAACUUCCAGUUUCGAUGGAGCUGGGAAGAUUGGAACUCCUGUCUGAGGUUGGACACAGAACUGCCUCCACCCAAGUUCAUCAAGGAAGUCCUCCUUAAGAGUUUAAGGUUAUCGUACUAUCAGAGGAUCAAAGAGAUUGUGCCAGAGUCAUUCGAGGCCCUCAUCCCAGCACCCCCAGUGCCUCACUUCAAGUACCAAGGGGAAGGAGCUGCGGCAUUGCCUGGCAACAACACGGCGCAUCAGCUUGAGAGCAUUCUGCGCCAGAAGGCUACGUCAGAGGAGGUGCUGGCGCUGCUGAAGGAACUUCCUAACCCUCGUGAGGAUGACGAGACUCUGCCUGACUCCCGUUUCAACCCACUCAAGAUAGAUGUGUUUGUUCAGACACUGCUGUUCCUGGGCUCCAAGAGCUUCAGUCACUCUUUUGCAGCUAUCUCCAAAUACCAUUACGUGUUUAAGAUACUAGCUGAGAGUGAGGAGGCCCAGAUCUGUAUCCUGCGCAGUCUGUACGAGUUGUGGCGAGACAAGCAGCAGAUGAUGUGUGUCCUCAUAGACAAGAUGCUCAAGACACAGAUUCUAGAGUGUUCUGCUGUUGCCAACUGGAUAUUCUCUAAGGAGAUGACAGCUGAGUUUACAAAGUUGUACUUGUGGGAAAUUCUUCACCUCACCAUCCGCAAGAUGUCAGCCCACGUGGCGCGACUGGGUCGUGAGCUCGGGGAGGCUAGGGAGCGUGUCAGUGCCCGCGGCGGACACAGCAGUAGCAGUGAGGGUGAUAGUAGUGAAGAAGAGACGCGGGGUACGACACGUCCAGACAAGCCCACCGAGGAGAUGGUCGAGCGGAUGGAGGAGAAACUAGAGGCUGCUCAAGCCGAUCAGAAGAAUCUUUUCCUCAUCAUCUUUCAGAGGUUCAUCAUGAUCCUGUCGGAACACUUAGUCCGCAGUGACACUGACGACCAGGACUACAACACUCCGUGGUAUCGCUGGACCAUUGGACGACUGCAGCAAGUGUUUCUAGCACAUCAUGAACAAGUGCAGAGGUAUUCGAGCACACUGGAGACACUGUUGUUUACACAAGACUUGGACCCACAUAUCCUGGAUGUGUUUCAACAGUUUGUUUCUCUACGGGCGUGAACAGUGCUAUGCUGUUGACUAUUAAGGAAAAAAACAUCGUGGAUUUUAAUAUUGAAGAAGCUGUUGCUGUUUGAAAAGUCUUAGUUUAAAAUUUGUAAAUAGUUUUAUUUAAAGAGUGCACACAUUUUCCGAUUAUGUGAAUUUUGAUUCAUGGUUGUAUGGAACCAUUACUUUAAAGGUAUUAUCUAUGGACAAAUAAAUAUUUUACAACUUA